GGGAUGGAGGCCGCUGAUCUCUGCUUUCCGCAGCUCCUGAACGCCUCCUGCGGGAGGCCGCCGCGGCCGCACUUCGAGACGCUGCUCAUCUACGUCCUGCUGUCCUGCGUCUCCCUGCUCACCGUCGUCCUCAACCUGCUGGUUGUCAUCUCCAUCUCCCACUUCAGGCAGCUCCAGACUCCCACCAACCUCCUGCUCCUCUCUCUGGCCGUGUCUGACUUCCUGGUGGGCCUCCUCAUGUGCUUCCAGACGAUGCUGAUCGAUGGCUGCUGGUACCUGGGGGACUUCAUGUGCACGCUCUACCAGUGUCUGGCCUACGUGAUCACCUCGGCCUCGCUGGGCACCAUGGUGGUCAUAUCUGUGGACCGUUACGUGGCCAUCUGUUGCCCCCUGCAGUACUCCAGCAGGAUCACGCAGCAGAGGGUCCAGGUGUGUGUGUGCCUGUGUUGGAUCUGCUCUGUCCUCUUCCAGUGCCUGAACCUGAUGGACAGCUUCCAGCAGUCGGGCCGCUUCACCAGCUGCGUUGGAGAGUGCGUCUUCGUCAUCAGCCAGACCGCCGCGCUGGCCGACCUGGUCUUCUCCUUCGUGGUUCCCAUCACUGUGAUACUGAUCUUGUAUCUGAGGGUGUUUGUGGUGGCCGUGUCUCAGGCUCGGGCCAUGAGGCAGCAGCUCGUUCCGGCCGGACCUCACAAGUCCGGAAGAGCCACUCCCAAGAAGUCUGAGAUGAAGGCGGCCCGGGCGCUCGGGACGGUCAUUGUGGUUUUUCUGAUCUGUAUGUGCCCAUAUUACUGUGUCAGUCUCUCUGGCCAGGAGAACGCUUUAGAUUCCUCGUUAGCUGCCUUUAUGGUGUAUUUGUUCUACUUCAACUCCUCUCUCAACCCCAUCAUCUACGCUUUCUUCUACCCCUGGUUCAGGAAAUCCAUCAGGCUCAUCGUGACGCUGCAGAUCCUGCAGCCCGACUCCUGUGACACCAACAUGCUGUAG